UUGGUGAAUGAUUGAACAAAGAUUUUCCUUUCCAAUAAAAAAAAUAAAUCAUUGGUAAACAUACAAAAGGAAACAUUUUUAUAUUCACCAGGUCUCUUAACUUGGUACGCGUAAUAAUUACUCUUUUUAUAGGGACAGACGAAAAACGUCCAAUUUCACAAAAAAAAUUAAAAAUUGGCAACCAUGAUUAGUGAGCAAAAUGAACCUCUCUUAUCCGAUUCGAACGAAAAAAGAUGCAUCAUUUCACUUGAUAAUACGAUUGAAGUAUGCAUCGGAGAUUUUGGAUGGUCACAAUUUGUACAAGCUAUUCUAGUCUCGCUCGCUUGGGUUUUCGAUGCUCAACAAUCAUUCAUUAGUGUUUUCACUGAUGCUCUUCCCACUUGGCAUUGUAUUAAUAAUAAUAAUUCCUCAUGCCAAAUGUACAAAAAUAUCUGCGACGUUCCAAAGGACACGUGGCAGUUUGAUUUGCCAACGUACACGUCAGUUGUCUCCGAUUGGUCACUUGAAUGUAGCAGCUCAGUCAUCACUGGCCUCCCUGCAUCAAGUUUCUUCAUAGGUUGUCUUGUUGGUGGAUUUGUUCUUUGCACUUUAGCUGAUUCUUCGUUUGGUCGUAAAAACAUGUUGGUUAUAUCAUGUCUCAUAAUGUCUAUAACGGGUUGUGUUACCGCGAUUUCUACUAAUAUAUGGAUGUACUCUGUAUUAAGGUUCGUAUCUGGAUUUGGCAGGGCAAGUAUAGGUACUUGUUCUCUUGUUUUAUCGACGGAGUUAGUGGGAAGGAAGUGGAGAGGGCAAGUUGGGAUUAUUAGCUUCGUUUGUUUUACGUUUGGAUUUAUAUCGUUACCUUGGAUAGCGUAUUUAAAUAAAGGGAAUUCGUGGAGAGUUUUGUAUCUAUUGACUUGUUUCCCAGCAGUUGUGUAUUCGAUUAUUGUAUAUUUCUUUGUUCAUGAAUCGCCUAGGUGGCUUUAUUUGCGAGGACAUAAGGAAGAAUUUGUUGAGACGUUGAAAAGAAUUGCAAAUCCAGCUACACGGGGGGAGUUGAGUUCAAGUUUCUUCGAAGCAUUGUUUAUUGAUUUAGAAAAAAGCAUGUCUGUGUCUGCAUCACGAGAUUUGGAUCUGUACUCUGCUGUUAGAUUGUUGAUUGAGAAAGGAUGGGCUUUACGUCGAUUGAUGACAGUAGUGUUGAUUGGUUUUGGUGUUGGAAUGGUUUAUUAUGGCAUGCCGUUAGGGGUUGGGGAUUUGGGAUUUGAUAUCUACUUAAGUAUCACGUUGAAUGCAAUUUCAGAGCUGCCAUCAUCAUUGAUAGCGUUUUUCCUUAUAGGGAAAAUGAAUAGGAAGGGUUCGCUUUUAGGAUUUUCCUUACUGAGUGGGAUAUGUAGUGUGGGUUGCGCGUUGGUGGAGGGGAGUGAGGGAUUGAAGUGGAUUCAAAUGGGGCUUGAAAUGGUGUCGUUUUUUAGUGCUUGUACCGCGUUUAAUGUACUAUUGAUUUACACGUUGGAACUAUUUCCAACGUGUGUGAGGAACUGCGCGGUGUCAAUGGUGAGGCAGUCAUUAGUAGUUGGUGGUGCAUUGAGUCCACUGCUUGUUGCACUUGGAAGGAACAAUAGCUUGUUUUCUUAUGGGGUAUUUGGAGUGUGUAGUGCCACAUUUGGUUUGUUUACAGUGUGGUUGCCAGAGACUAAGGGUAGGCUACUUUGUGACACUAUGGAUGAAGAGGAGAGCCUGUUGGAGCAAGCACAAGUUGUUGACCUCAAAUAGCACUUUACGGUGUGGAAACAACUUUUUUUCCUUUUCAAGACUGGGAUAAGAUUUGUGUACAUAUUAUCCUCCUCGGACUUCUAUUGUGGAAUUACAAUGUUUUGUUGUUGUAGCUAAUGUAACAUGUUUGUGAUUUGACAAUAUUGGAGCCUUACUAAAGGCCAAGACAUAAUGGAAUAAAAUUUGCCUUAUUACUUU